GUCAAAAAAAUUGUGUGGUCCCCCCUAAAAUUGUUGGCUUCCGCCGCCAAUGCUUGCGAGGGCAUUCUUCUAAUUUUGCGGGAAUUUAGAUGCCCAAUGAUUUAAAACCGUUAUCACUCUCUUCUCCCCAAUCUCUGGUAGGAAAAGAAAUUGGUCAUAAACCGGCCUGCCAAAUCCGGAAAUGUACGUACAGCUGUUUCAUUGGUCGGAUCAAGGGGCUGGUCAAUAAUACACAUGUGUGUAUCGGACUGACUCGGUUGCGAACUCACCGCGAUCUCCUGACAUCUCUCGCCUGACCUGGCCGCCUAGCCUGCACCUGAGCAAGCCAGUACUCUCUGGACUGCAAUAGGGGCAAUUCGGGUUCCGAUAUUCGAGAACGAUGGCGCCGUCUUUAACAGAUAUUCUCCGCAGUGUGCUAACUGUAUUUUGUUUGUUUUCAACAGAAAAUAGCAGAUCAUGGACAGAAGCAGCACAAAUGGAAUACGAGUAUGUGACCUGUGGAUCAAUAGUAAAGCUUAUCAACCAAAAAUAUGGUGCCAGAUUACAUUCACAUGAUAUACAUUAUGGUUCUGGAAGUGGUCAACAAUCUGUUACAGCUGUCGAUUCAACUACUGAUCAAAAUAGUUAUUGGCAAAUAAAAGGCAAACUUGAUAAGAAUUGUGUUAGAGGAGAACCAGUUAAAUGUGGAAGCACGAUACGACUUCAACACAUAGCAACCAAACGCAAUCUUCACAGUCAUCAUUUCCAGUCACCGCUUUCAUCAAACCAGGAGGUUAGCUGCUUUGGAGAAAAUGGGAAUGGAGAUGAAGGUGACAACUGGGCAGUGGUAUGUUCUACGUCAAGCUGGAAGAGGAAUGAACUAGUUAGAUUCAAACAUGUAGCCACAGAAAUUUAUCUCAGUAUGUCAGGGCAAGUCUAUGGUAGACCCAUCCAUGGCCAGAAAGAGAUAUGUGCUUUAUCAUCACUGAGCAAUGCCAACCAAUGGAAGGUUGGGGAAGGCAUCUUUGUCAAGCCAUCAGAAAGUUUCAGAGCGAGCUAAUGGAUAUCACAGAUUCUAUUCAAAAGACUAUUGGCAUUGUAAGAAUUAUUUGGGUCAAGAAAUUUGAUUUCUUUGAUGAACAAACUGUCUUUAGAUUCAUAAGGGCAUGAAUUCUAUUUAUGUACUCUUAACCUAAAAAUGUGAUUAAAUCUAAACAUGCCAAACUUACAAUUUGACGCUACAUAACAAGGAUUUGAAACAAGGAUUUUUGGUGAGGGAGGAAAAAAAUUCUUGAAAUUGAAUGUAUACAAUUGACUUUGCAAAAACUGUGGCAUUUGAGGAAUGACCUCUGGAUUCAGGUUAACAUUUCAGAUCAAUGGAUCCUAAAGAUUUUGUCUUUUAUUUAAUCAGGGUCAUGGGAAUAUUAUGAAUUUAUAGAACAUCUCAAUACUGGUGCUUUAUGUACACAGCAUUCUCUUCUUCUUUACCCCGCCCCCCCCCCCUCUUAUGUAUUACUCUGCUGCAUUUACAACAUUUGCACAACUUAUGGUUGCAGGGAUAGAAAGUUUACAUUUUUGUUUUUUCAUAGCAUUUUAAGCUAUAAUGAAUUGUUUCCUAGUUUAAUACAGAGAACCAGGUCAUUUUUAGAAAAAUUAUGUGGUUUUGAUUAUUAGGAGUGAGAAAAAUAUUAUCUCUCUGGUUGGCAAGCCAACACCCUUAUGCCAAAUAAACAGUAAGUGGAUACAUGUACUGUAUGUUGUCUAUGGAGAAGUUGUCCCCAUGGUUUAUGUCUGGCUGUCUCCAGUUUUCAUUGGAAGUACUAGUAGAAACAAAACCUGCUUCAUGGUGAACCCUUCUGAUGGUGUUGAAAUCCUAAUGAAAACUGACACUAGAGAGUAAACCGUAUAUAAGAGGAGUAUGAUUGUUAAUGAUUCAACAAUAUAUGUGUUAGGUUACCAGAUGUCAUUCAACAUUCGACAUUCCUUAUCUCGUAAAAUUUCUAUUCACCACACAUUACUUAUUUUUAAUGUUCAUUAUAUUCUUAGCUCCUUUGAUUAUUCAAUAUUGUCAGGGUCUUUUCGAAAACUUUUGACAUCCAUUCCAUAGAGAGUAGCUGUUAUUUUGCAAACAAAUGACAUCUGGGCUAGUGUACAGAAAAAAAUGAUUCAACCACUUUUCCUGUCUUUUGACCUGAAAAUGGUAUCUUUCAUUCCUUUCAUAUGUCAUUUUAAUUCAUUGAUUUCAAAUAUUUUACUACUUUUCCGAAUUGAAUGCUAACGUGUAAAUAUUCACAUUAGUCAAGUUUCUUUCUUCCGAAGGCUUUACUACAUUAUUAAAGUUUAAGUAUGUCCUAUGUAUUACAUCCCGACUCCCCAUCUCUCGCUAGUUAUAUAGGAAUACAUUAUUAUUGAUAAUAAUAAUCUCAAGUCCUUCUAUUUCUCAGAAUGUUUAAAAAACAGGAGAAAAUGUACUUCACGAUCAAUUAGCCAAUCAAAAUGAAGGUUGCCACUGUUUGCCACAUGUAGUUAACAUCGUUUGCAAAAUGACAGUUUUGUGAAACUGGUCUCUGAAUUGUCCCUUGUCCCUGAUUGGUCACUGGUGAGAUAUAUGGUGUAAACGUGAAUCGUAAAGUUUUUACUAAAUUACUGUUGCAAUUUGAAAGAUCAAAUUUGAUUACUAAGGUAAAUUAAUGUAUGAAAAUUGUUUCACCUAUUUAUAUAGCAAAAUAUUCAACUUGAUUCUGUUCUCAUAAUCACAUUCACUUUUGCCUUCAAAUCUUGCAUAAUUCAUGUUGAUUUGGUUAUAUUUCUUGUCUAUCAACGAACCAGAAGUCUACAUACUUAGCACAGUGUGUCAGGUGAUGAGAUUGAGAAUGGUGUUAAUGCACUGUUCAGUAAGAAGGGUGUUCAGGUUCGUGUAAUUAUGUUGUGUAAAUAUCACUGUAUAUGCUAGGCACAAAAUAUAAAGGUUGGUGUAAAGGUAAACACUGAUGUUUGACUCCAUGAUCUUCUGUGUUUUAGCUCUAUGAAAGGUGUUAACAAGUGUUGUACUUUGAUUCUCUCUCAAGCAUGAAAAAGAUGAAGCAAAAGGAUAUGAACACAUAAAUCUAAACUCUGGUGCUUCAGUGUGAUGUUAAAGUUUGUGUCACUUGUGUGAUGAAUUUUCAAUGCUUGUAUGGAACUGUGAAGAGAUGUAUGGUACGGUACUGGAGGAAGUCUUUUAAUUUCUUAACCAGAUGUAAGAAACAUGCUAUUUAGUAAAUUAAAUAUGAUUUCUCAUUUUCAGUCCAUAAAGUCAUUUCAAAUACACCAUUCCUAGCAUAACUAUUUUCUGCAUUAGAUGUACAUGUUAUUUAUGCUUGACAGUAAUGUCUGUACAUUGUACUUUGUAGAGUGUAAAUUACUUUAUUUAACCUCUGUCAUAUUAUUUUGCCAAGGAAGAUGAACGUUAUUCGGACAACACUUUGUGUACCCAGAUGAUACCCUUGAAAGUAUGAACUAAUAAUUUGUUAAACAUUUUAUUUCAACAAUUUGGUUCAUCACAUUGGAUAUGUAUCAGUAUAAUUAUGUCAGUUAUCACCAUUUUUGUACAUGUAUGUGGUAACAAAUGAACAUUAGCAGUAAAAAUUGAAGCCAUGGGGGGUUGUCUAUAAGCAGUGACUAUCAAGGGGCAUUCACGCAUUGCCGGUUUAGAUGGCGGGGAACGGCAUUUUGUUCGAGUUGGCCAGUUUGUUUUACAAUGGGUUACAUGGUAUGUAUUGCUAUGUUAGGCAAGCACAAGUCAAAAGAGAUUGCAAAACUUUGUAAACCACCAAAAGCGAAUUGGCCAAACUCUUUAAUUAAAUACUCCUAUUGCAUCCAACUUUAAGGGGGCAUCCCGCCAUGAAUCGCCAUCUAGACCGGACAUGUCUGAUCGACACUAAAGAAUAUGAAAACCCUAAAGGAUAUGAAGAGUAAAGUCUACAUGGACUUUUGUAUUGUAAAAUUCCUUACAUUUAUUUUUUAACAGAUAAUAUUCAAGAUUUCUAUCAGUGUGAGCCCUUUGCUUUAUUUAUUUAUGCAUAAGCUGAAUGAUUAAGAAUUUAUUCAUUAAGAAAAUUUUUGUCAAGACAAUGUAGGAAAGGAAUGUAUGGAAUACAAAAGACCAUUUACAGCUUCUCAUCAUUGAAAAGGCAUUUCAUCAUGUGAAAUAAAAGGAACAUUUGAACGUGUUGCUAUAUGAUUCACCUUUUUUCGCAAGUAUGCUGUAUUGUAGAAAGUAUUUUAAAGUGUUAUUUAGAAUCACUUAUGUUGGAGGGUUUCUUAUAAAUAUUAAAUCACUUUCAUAGGGCAUAGUGCCAGAUAUAUGCUAUCAGUUAUGGAUGAUGUUUCAGUACAUAAUGAACACUUGUCUAUCUUGAAUUUAUAUAAAAAUGGGGGAUUAUGAAGUUAUUUUAUUGUUAUUGUGCCUUCAAUGUGAUAAAUUUUGUCUAUUUGUUUCAAUGAUUUUUAUUACUGCAAAGAUAAUUACAUUAAAUCAUUAACACGUCACAUGAAGAAAA